AUGUCGGAGGGGCGGACCAACCUCACCUGGGUCCCCGAGUUCCUGCUCCUGGGCCUCUCGGAGGACCCCAGGCAGCGGCGGCUCCUGUUCAUCGCCUUCCUGUCCAUGUACCUGGUCACGGGGCUGGGGAACCUGCUCAUCAUCCUGGCCAUCGUCGCCGACCCCCGGCUGCACACGCCCAUGUACUUCUUCCUGGCCAACCUGGCCUCCGUGGACGUCUGCUUCACCUCCACCACCGUCCCCAAGAUGCUGGCCAACCACGCGUCAGGACGCAGGGGGAUCCCCUACUCCGGCUGCCUGACCCAGAUGUUCUUCUUCAUCUGGUUCGCCGGCAUCGACAGCUUCCUGCUGACCGCCAUGGCCUAUGACCGCUACGCGGCCAUCUGUCACCCUCUGCAUUACGCCACGACCGUCACCCCCCGGCUCUGCGGCCUCCUGGUGGCCAUGUCUUGGACAGCCGCCUUCGGGAACGCCCUGACCCACACGGUCCUCCUGACCCGCCUCUCUUUCUGCACCCACAACCAGGUCCCCCACUUCUUCUGCGAUCUCAGCCCCCUGCUGAAGCUGGCCUGCUCCGACACCUUCCUCAACCAGGUGCUGGUGGACACGGUGGGCGCCCUGCCCAUCAUCGUGCCCUUCGCGGGCAUCCUGGUCUCCUACACGCGCAUCGCAGCGGCCGUGCUGAGGGUCCCGUCCGCAGGCGGAAAACGCAAGGCCUUCUCCACCUGUGGCUCUCAUCUGUCUGUGGUGACCCUGUUCUACGGGACACUCAUUGGGGUUUACUUCAGCCCCAUGUCCUCCCACACGGCCCAGAAGGACACGGCUGCUGCAGUGAUGUACACCGUGGUCACCCCCAUGCUGAACCCCUUCAUCUACAGCCUGCGCAACAGCGACAUGAAGGGAGCCUUGGGGGCCCUCAUCAGCAGGAAGCCGGGUUUUAUUAAAUGA